AUGAUUACUCGCAGUAAGAAGGAGACAGGACGCUACUUCAAGGGCAUAAUCGACAUAGUGGCUGUGGCGGCUCAAGCCACAGGCUUCGUCGUGUGGCCGCUCCUAGAGUACAACGAUCCUUUAGAUCCAAAUAUUGGUAUUGGUAAAUCUCUGAAGAAGGUUGCAGACAGACUAAAAGAAGCUCGCUACUUCACAUACACUUUCAUCUCUAUUUGGAAAAUGAUUUGCUUCUUCUGUUCAGUCCUACUGAUUGUUCUCAUCCAGGGUCAAGAAUCAGUGGGGGAUUUCUUUGCACUCUUGCCUGAUGCAUUUGGAGCCCACAAAAUUGAAAUCAAUGAGGUAAAAAGAAUCGAGCAUUCAGGAGGUACCAGCGUUGAUCUUCAGCCUGUUCCAAAUGAUGACACUGAAGCUAUUGAUGCAUGGUCUAGUACUGUGGUUUAUGUCCUUCUAAUCCAAAUUCUUUCUGCUUACAUCUGUUACAUCUUUGGAAAAUUUGCUUGCAAAAUUCUAAUCCAAGGCUUCAGUUAUGCAUUUCCAGUCAAUCUUACAAUUCCCAUAUCUAUUUCUCUGCUCAUUGCUGCAUGUGGUCUGCGAAAUGGUGAUCCUUGUGUAUUCCAUGGGACUAUACCAGAUUAUUUAUUCUUCCAAGAACCACCUGUUUACUUAUUGUCUGAUUUUGUUAUACAAAAGCAUGCAUGGAUAUGGUUGGUAUGGCUACUUUCACAGACUUGGAUUACACUACACAUAUGGACACCAAAAGCUGAACGUUUGGCGACUACAGAAAAACUGUUUGUGACACCUAUGUACAAUUCCUUAUUGAUUGACCAAUCUCUUGGAUUGAAUCGAAGACGUGAUGAUGAAACUGACUGUAAAACUGAGGAAUUGGCAGACUUAGGAAAUGAUGACUACUAUGAGAGCAUAUCAGUGCAUUCAACCACAAGUAGUACUUCCCCUAAAAGCAAUGUAAAACAAUCUGAUCAUAUUACACGUAUUUAUGCAUGUGCAACAAUGUGGCACGAAACUAAAGAUGAGAUGAUGGAAAUGUUAAAAUCUAUCUUACGCCUGGAUGAAGAUCAAUCUGCUCGUAGAGUAGCUCAAAAAUAUUUGCGAGUGGUGGAUCCAGACUACUAUGAAUUUGAAACUCACAUUUUCUUUGAUGAUGCUUUUGAAAUUAGUGAUGAUAAUGAAGAUGAAAAUGUAGUGAAUCGAUUUGUGAAACUGUUGGUUGAUACUAUUGAUGAAGCUGCAUCACUUGUUCAUGAAACCACAAUGAGAGUGCGUCCACCCAAAAAAUAUCCAACACCAUAUGGUGGUCGCCUUGUUUGGACUCUUCCAGGAAAGACCAAAAUGAUUGCUCAUCUUAAAGAUAAAAGCAAAAUCAGACACAGAAAGCGUUGGAGUCAGGUCAUGUACAUGUACUACUUAUUGGGUCACCGUCUUAUGGAGCUUCCAAUACCUGUUGAUCGAAAAGCUGUAAUAGCUCAGAACACCUAUCUUCUUACUUUGGAUGGAGACAUUGACUUCCAGCCCCAUGCAGUGCAUUUACUAAUUCAUCUCAUGAAGAAGAAUCCUAAUCUUGGUGCAGCAUGUGGGCGUAUUCAUCCAGUUGGUUCAGGUCCUAUGGUAUGGUACCAAAUGUUUGAGUACGCUAUUGGUCAUUGGCUUCAAAAAGCAACUGAGCAUAUGAUUGGAUGUGUGCUGUGUAGUCCUGGAUGCUUUUCUCUUUUCCGAGGAAAGGCUCUCAUGGAUGAUAAUGUAAUGGCUAAAUAUACUACACGUUCUGAUGAAGCCAGGCACUAUGUACAGUAUGAUCAAGGGGAGGAUAGAUGGUUAUGCACAUUACUGCUUCAGAGAGGUUACAGAGUAGAGUAUUCAGCUGCCAGUGAUGCUUACACACACUGUCCAGAAGGUUUCAAUGAAUUUUAUAAUCAACGUCGACGCUGGGUGCCUUCAACCAUGGCCAACAUCAUGGAUCUUCUGAUGGAUUACAAACGAACAAUAAAAAUUAAUGACAAUAUUUCUUUGCCCUAUAUUGGUUAUCAGAUUCUUCUUAUGGGUGGCACAAUCUUGGGUCCUGGUACCAUAUUUCUUAUGUUGGUGGGAGCUUUUGUAGCAGCAUUUCACAUAGAUAAUUGGACAAGUUUCCAGUAUAACAUCAUUCCUAUUCUUGUUUUUAUGCUUGUAUGUUUUGUAUGCAAGUCUAAUAUACAGCUUCUAGUUGCCCAGAUCCUGUCUACUACAUAUGCUCUGAUCAUGAUGGCUGUUAUUGUGGGUACAGCGUUGCAGUUGGGUGAGGACGGAAUAGGCUCUCCAUCUGCUAUUUUCUUAAUAUCUUUGUCCAGUUCAUUUUUCAUAGCAGCCUGCCUCCAUCCUCAAGAGUUCUGGUGCAUUGUACCAGGUGUUAUUUACUUGCUGUCCAUCCCAUCUAUGUACCUUCUUCUUAUCCUUUACUCCUUAAUUAAUUUGAAUGUUGUCUCAUGGGGAACAAGAGAAGUUGCUGUGAAGAAGACAAAGAAGUUAAUAGCAGCUAUGAUAAUCAGUUCAAUAUAUGGAUUAGUCAUGAUGGCUGUGCUGGUUGGAAUUCUCCUCCAAAUAGAGGAAGACGGUGUUUUAGCUCCAUCCUCUUUGUUCCUCUUCGUGGUGGUGGCUGAAUUAGUUAUUGCUGGCAUAUUACAUCCUCAGGAAUUUUCUUGCUUGCCUUGUGGAAUAAUUUAUUAUGUCACAAUUCCCAGCAUGUAUCUGUUGCUGAUUAUUUAUUCUAUCUUUAAUCUUAAUGAUGUCACCUGGGGCACAAGAGAAACUGGGAAAAAGAAGACAAAAGAGGAAUUGGAACAAGAAAGAAAAGAAGCUGAAGAUGCUAAAAAGAAAGCCCGACAGAAGUCUCUCUUGGGAUGGCUACAAGGUGGUGGAAGCAAGGAUGACAGUGAUGAAGGAUCAAUUGAGAUAUCACUUGCAGGGCUCUUCAAAUGUAUGUUCUGUGUUCAUCCUAAAUCCAUUGAUGAAAAACAGCAAUUACUGAGAAUUGCUGAGUCACUUGACUCAAUUGGCAAACGAUUGGAUGGUGUAGAAAGAGUGAUGGAUCCUACUGGACAAAUCACAGGUCGCAGAAGAACAAUAUCUGUACAUAGUCGUGGAGAUCAUCUUGGUUCUUUAGCUGAAGAUCCAGCAGAAGAGGAUCAAAUACAUGAAGAUGAUAGUGAAACUGUAACAUCUGAACCUAAACAAGAUCGAGAUGACAAUGUAAAUCCAUACUGGAUAGAAGAUCGUGAUUUACGGAAAGGAGAAGUAGAUUACAUUUCGUCUGCAGAGAGACAGUUCUGGGAAGAUCUUCUUGAAAAAUACCUACAUCCUAUUGAUGAAAACAAGGAAGAGAAGGUCUGCUUCUUCCUUUUAUUAGCAAGAAUAUCUAAAGCCCUGAAAGAUUUGAGAGAUACUUCUGUCUUUGCUUUUUUUAUGCUGAAUGCUCUUUUUGUCCUGAUUGUAUUCUUACUACAACUGAGCAAGGAUAAAAUACACAUAAAGUGGCCCUUUGGAGUCAAAACAAAUCUAACAUUUAUUGAAGAGAGUCAGGAGGCAAGGGUAGCUGCGGAUCUCAUCGAGCUGCGCAAUAAGUCGGUGUUUGCUUUCUUCAUGUUCAAUGCUUUGUUUGUCCUAAUUGUUUUCUUGCUGCAACUCAAUAAGGAUAUGCUACAUAUUGAUUGGCCCCUUGGGGUCAGAACAAAUAUCACCUUUAUUGAAGAGACGUCUGAGGUUUUAAUUUCAAAAGAAUACCUGCAGUUGGAGCCAAUUGGUCUCGUGUUUGUGUUCUUCUUUGCUCUGAUUUUGGUGAUUCAGUUUGUUGCUAUGUUGUUUCACCGAUUUGGAACACUGGCACACAUAUUGGCUUCCACUGAACUCAAUUGGUAUUGUAAUAAGAAGGCUGAAGAUCUGUCUCAAGAUGCAAUUAUUGAUAAAAACUUUGUGGAGAUUGCCAAAAACAUGCAAAGACUUAAGGACAUUGAUGGAGAUGAUGAAAAUUACUCUGGCUCUGAUAAAGUUGAACGUCGCCGUACUAUCCAUAACUUGGAAAAAGAGAGAAAGAAGACUAGAACAAUUGGUACUUUGGAUGUGGCUUUCAAAAAGAGAUUCUUUCAACUCGGUCAAGAAGGAGAGGGGCCAGGUACACCUGUUCUUGGUAGGAGGCUUACUCUGAGAAAGGAGACAAUUAAAGCUUUGGAAGUAAGAAAAAAUUCUGUAAUGGCUGAACGUCGUAAAUCUCAAAUGAAAACUCUUGGGGCCAAUAAUGAAUAUGGUAUGACUGGUAUUACAACUGCUAUAAACAACCCAGUGAACAAUCGCAACCACCGUACUUCCACUGCUGGACUAAGUGUUAAGGAUGUAUUUGAAGGAAAUGGCCAAGUCAACAGAGCUUAUGAUGACACUGAAGGUGUAAAUGCAAGAAGAAAUUCUGUCCGAAUGCAAAAUAUAGGCCGAACAUCAGUCAGUUGGGGUGAUCCAGACAUGGGUCAAAGAAUGUAAAUUACAGAACAAUUUGUUACAAAAAACAAUAAUAGUCAAAAUGGACUCUCUAUUAGUGACACAAGUUGUCACAUUACAAAUUAUUUCUGUGAAUCAAAAGAUUAUCUUUUAAAGUGUCCACAAAUAUGCCUUAAAAGACCACUUCAAAUUUCUGAAUAAAACUAGAGAUGCAAUGUUAUUCAAAGAGUGGAGUUAUUUAAGAAGUAUAUUCCACAUUCAUUAUCAUUUCUACAAUAAUUGAACUGUGACUUGAAGAAUUGUGUUUGCAAGUUUCUCAAAACACUGCCUUGGACACAUUAAUAAGUGAUUAUUUUUAUUUACUGUUUAUAAUUACAUUGAGCCAAUCAAGAAAAACUUAAUCUGGAGCAUUGUUUAAUGCUAUUUUUACUUCAAUUUAAGUUCAUUGUUUAAGUAUUUGUGAUCUAGAAC